AUGAAAGAUACACAAGGAUUUCGUUCAUCAUCACGACUGAAACAACAGAUUGAAUCACUCAAUGCCUAUGUUCCGACAAGUGAAAGUUUGAAACGAUUUCAACGUAUCUUGUUGGAUGAUUUGCAAGAUCAGGUGAACACACAACAACGUCUUGAAGACAGCGCACAAGAGGCUGUUGGAACAAUACAGUCACAGGAUACUGAUGCAGAUAAAAUACAGCAAGCUGUCGACGAGGUUGUGCGUGUGGAACGAACGGAACAAGAACAACUUCUAUCCGACAAAGAAACAAUUAUCCAACAACUUGAAAACCAGCUGCGUGAAUUUCGCCAACUUGAACAAUUGCGUGCUCAAGUAAUGCGUACUGUAUUUGAUGCAUUACCUGAAAGUCAAUUCAAUGCUAAUAGGGCACUAGGAACACCGAAUGACAUACACACCACCAACUCUGAAUUCGCUGAUGGAUCUGUUGAAUCAUCGCAUUUGAAAAAUACAUUGACCAGUGAAACGGGUCCAUGUGAAGACCUAAAUGAAAAUGACGAGAUAUUAGAUCGUGUACGGUUUCUAGUCGACGAUUACAAACGUUUACAACAUGAAGUAGAAGGGAAUAUUUCGGCAGAAGAGAAAAUAACUCCACGAAACGAAGAAUUCCAAAAGGAGUUAGAUCAGUUCAUAGAUGUGUAUGCAGAAGCACAACAAAACAUGAAAGAUACACAAGGAUUUCGUUCAUCAUCACGACUGAAACAACAGAUUGAAUCACUCAAUGCCUAUGUUCCGACAAGUGAAAGUUUGAAACGAUUUCAUCGUAUCUUGUUGGAUGAUUUGCAAGAUCAGGUGAACACACAACAACGUCUUGAAGACAGUGCACAAGAGGCUGUUGGAACAAUACAGUCACAGGAUACUGAUAUAAGCACAUUAAAUGAUCAAUAUGAUUUAAUUAGUAUUAUAAGACGUUUAGCUGAAAUUGCAACUACAACAAUUCAACAGAAAUGUGAUUUAUUAGAACAAUUUAAAAGUAAUGAAAUGGAACAUGAAGAAGAAAUUUUGAAAAUUAAAUCAUUGAUUCAAAAUGAAUGGAAAGUCCAGAUGGAUGAUAAAAUGGCGAAAUUAAAUUAUGAAAAUGCAGAUAAAAUACAAAGAGCUGUCGAAGAAGUUGCACGUGCGGAAAGAAUGAGACAAGAACAACUACUAUCUGAUAAAGAAGCAAUUAUUGAACAACUUGAAAACCAACUGCGUGAAACUCGUCAAAUUUUAACCGAAAAACAAAUUGCCCAUGAAACUAAAUUAAACGAAGUGAAAGAGGCAAAUAAACUUUUAUCAAGAUUACAACAUGAAAUUGAAUUGAAUGGUAAUCAAAUACGUUUAAUGAAAUCCCGACUAAAUCAACAAAAUCAAGCGAAUUUAAAAUUACUUGAAGAAACUGAGAAACAAUGUGAAUCCCGUUGGAAAUCCGAUGUAGACAGUAAUAGAGAACAAGUUCGUCAACAAGCUAGAACAAUAUGUGUACUGAGAGAACGUUUAAUUAAAUUAACUAAACAAUUGAAUGAUACUAAAAAUGAAGUCGCUAAAUUAAAACGUACAAAUUCAGACUUACUAUUUGAAUGUAAACAAUUACAAGUAACAAAUAAACCUCCAUUAGGCAGUUCAUAUACUGAAGAUAAUACAAGUCCAAAAUUUGUUGAUAAAUUGAAACAUGAAAUAUUAAAAUUAAAAUUGAUCAUUAAAGAACAAACCUCCACCAUUGAAGUGUUACGUUCAUGUUUAGAAGGCAAAUUAGUUCAUGCAUGUGAUCUGACUGAUGCACAAAAAGAAGACAUUGAAAGUGCAUUGAAUUAUGGGAAAAAAACUAAUUUAGAAUUAUUUAAUACAAAAACACAAUUAGUUAAUUUGAAAAAUUCAUAUAGGCAUGUCACAAGAAAAUUACAAGAAAGAGAAGAUGAAAUCAGAAAAUUAAAAAUUACAAAUAAAGUAUUAAAUAAUCCUCCAUAUAGUGAAUAUGAAUUAAAAAUAAAACUUUUACAUGAAACUCCAAAUGAUGAAAGAAAAGAAUUGAGAAAUCCAUUGGAUGUUCUACGUGUUUCAGAAGAAUGCUAUUUAAGUUUAGUUCAAUCAAUUUCAAAUAGUCUAGAGAUGUUAGAUCAUAUACCAGAUCAAAAAUCACUGAUUAAACUUUCAAGUAUGGAAAGAGAUCUAGUUGUAAAAGAUCGUUUAAAAACAAUGGAUAUAUUAUCACAUAGAAUUGAAAUAUUAAAAGAUCAAUUACAACAUAAAGAAGAUUUAUUAGUUGGCUAUGAACGUGAUUUUAGUAUAUUAAAGCAAAUAGUACGCUUAAACCCUGCUAUACUCCAAGCUGCUCUUGAUCGAUAUGAUCGUUUCAAAUGGAAUAAUCAAAAACAACAACAAUCUAGAUCGAAAUCUGUUAAAUUUUCGAAUUUAAGAGAAAAGAUAGGAUUAAUUCAAUCUACUAUGAAUAAUGUAAUUGAUGAUAAACCGAUUAACGUGAGUAGUUUACUUCGUUUACAUCACAAUAAUUGUACACCAUGGGAUACAAGUUGUUCUGAAGGUGAAGUGUUAUCGGACAGUGAAGAAGAUCAUCAUCAUAAUUUAACUGAUAACCCAGAACAUAUCAAUUCAGUAGUACUAACUAAUCUAUUACAUACUACUUCAGUUUAUAAAUCAUCAAAUGACAACCGAAAAUCUCACAGUCAUCAACAUGUAUCAACAACCAUGGUAGCAUGUAGGCAACAGUAUGCUUCUCGACAUGGUUCCGAACAUCGUGUUAUGCUACUUGCCUAUCAACAGGAUGAGCUCAAUUAA